GCAGACAUGCUUUUUGGGGAGGGGCGGUAAGGGUUCCCCUCACAGGACAGCUGGCGUUGAGGUGCGCGCUCCCUCAGUCUCAGUGGUUCCGUGCUCGCGCACACCAGACUACGUUACUGUUGCUGAGGCGCGUGGGGCUGUUUUCCCCUCGUGCUGCUGAUGUGCUGGUCCACGACCAGAGAUGGGCUCUAUCACGCUAUAAAAAUAUCAAAAGACACAGUGUCUUCAUAUGGUGUCAUUCUACCAGUCUGUCGCAUGAGGGCGCUUCGCGUCUUUUCUCCUAUAAAUCGGCCCCCACAUCGAACAAUCGAAUCACAGAGACAAUCCGAAGACGAGGCGUUUCCAGUCGCUGUCUGGUCUGCUGUGCCUUUCUGGCCGUCUUCUGUUGCCGUUCCCCUUGUUUGGAGUACGGACGAAAAUCGUAAAAGGUUCAGUUUCCCGGAUCAUGGAAACAGCGAAAAUUCCUGAAACGAAGAUCAAAAGAUAACGAACGCGAGGAGUAUGACGACAAAUGGACAUUUUAAUAGUCGGGAGUCACGAAACGGAUGUUACCCUGUACCAGAAACUGUGUUGCCAUCGAGGACACUUGCGGUCUCGGGAUGUCCCAUAUAACUGCGCUAAACUCUGAGUAGGCAAAUGUAUGGGGCGCGUGAUUUGGAACAAAGGGGAAAACAAAGUUUGAUGUGAUUUGUUCAUUUGGUUUGUUACAACAGACACUGGCACUCAGUAGACAGAUAUCACAGUCAUCAUUUGGUUACAGUUGAUGCUUCCUGCUGGAGGAAAUAAAAGCAGUGAAGGUUAAUGCAAGACCUUUAAGAUAGUUUUAUACUAUUUCAUUGCCAUUCUCAAAUGAACAACUUGCUUUUGCAUGCAAAACAACAUGCUGUUUUGAAAAAAAAAGUGUGAUGCUGGACUCUCCAAAGCACAAAUAUUCUUGCCUGACUGCAGUCUGAAGCCUAGAGAGCUAUACAAGUAACUGAGAAUAAAUCAGAAUAUAUUGUCUUUGAAGAGGAGGAGAAAAGAAAAACAUGGCAGUUGAAGGCCGAAUAACAAUUCUUGAUGUUGGACUGAUUGCCAUGGUGGUUCUUCUGGGUCCUGUGACUGCUGCACAGAGUGAGCAGAGGGUGUGUGCAUACUUAGAACAGACACAAGGAGAGGGGCAAGUCUUUCGUGAGAACUCCACCAUUCGCUGUAAUCAUGGAGGCCACUGCUUUGGACUCUGGGUGAAAAAGAAAAAUGAAAUUCUGCUAGAGAAGCAAGGUUGCUGGACAAAUUUGGGUGACCGUCAGGAGUGCUAUGACCGCUGCGUGGUGACCAACCAACCGUCGGUGGCCCAGAAUGGAACGUUUCGAUUCUGCUGCUGCAACAAAGACAUGUGCAACCUGAACUUCACUGAGGACUUCCCAAGUCCUUCCCCGACCACUGCACAGCCUCUACAUUCCCGCCGACUUUACAGAGAGGAAGUCAUAGUUGUCGCCUUAGCAACUGUGUCCAUGGUUGCUGUCCUGGUCAUUCUGCUUUUUUUCGGCUAUCGCAUGCUAAGAGGACGUGGUAAACACUCUCUGCAUACCUUGGAUAUUCUGGAGACUGCGCUUUCCCCUCCUUCUCUGGAUUUGGACAACCUAGUACUGCUGGAGCUGAUUGGCCGGGGCCGGUAUGGAACAGUGUAUCACGGUUUGCUUGACGACCGAUCUGUGGCAGUGAAAGUUUUCGUUUCUGCUAACCGGCAGCAGUUUACUAAUGAGCGGAUGAUUUAUCGCCUCCUCCUGGAUCAUGAGAAUGUAGCGCGCUUCUUAGAGAGCGAGGAACGUGUCGGCACAGAAGGCCGGUCAGAGUUUCACCUCUUGCUGGAGUUUUACCCGCAUGGCUCUCUAUGCACGUAUCUGAGCGGGCGGACUGUGGACUGGCUAAGCUGCUGUCGUUUGGCUCUGUCUGUCACCAGAGGGUUGGCGUACCUGCACACAGAAAUACAGAGAGGGGAUGUGUAUAAACCGGCCGUGUCCCACCGGGAUCUGAACAGUAGGAAUGUGCUGGUAAAGACAGAUGGCUCGUGUGUGAUCAGUGAUUUUGGACUUUCCAUGAUUCUGACGGGAAAGAGACCUCCUGGGCAUGGAGAAGAGGACAACAGUGCCAUCAGUGAGGUGGGUACAGUCCGAUACAUGGCUCCAGAAGUGCUAGAAGGGGCAGUGAAUCUGAGGGAUUGUGAGUCUGCGCUGAAACAAGUGGAUGUUUAUGCACUGGGUCUGCUUUACUGGGAGACCUUCAUGCGGUGUGCGGACCUCUUCCCAGGUGAAACAGUUCCAGCGUUUCAGAUGGCAUUUCAGGCAGAGGUGGGCAAUCACACUACCAUAGAAGACAUGCAGGCACUUGUGUCUCGAGAAAAAGAAAGACCCAAAUUCCCAGAGGCCUGGAAAGAGAAUAGCCUGAUGGUGCAUUCUCUGAAAGAGACAGUGGAAGACUGCUGGGAUCAGGAUGCUGAAGCCCGACUGACGGCUCAGUGUGCAGAGGAGAGACUUGCUGAAUUGCUCCUUAUCUGGGACAGGGAAAAAUCAGGCAGUCCUGCUCUCAACCCUAGCACUGCACUGUUUAACCACAGGAACUUCUCUACUGGAAGGCAGAACCCUAAAGUGGGUUCUUUCCUUGAAAACUCAUCUACAAACACUGAAGGCCACAAUGGUGCUGAUAAACCCCUCCACAAUGACACCUCAGUGGACUCACCCUCAGUGGGAGGGUCUAACCCUGCAGAGAAGAACAGGAACUGCAUCAACUACGAGUGGCAGCAGGCCCAAUCACGACAGUCUGGCACAGAAAGCUCCUCCCACACUCCAAUCUCAGAGUCCUCACAGCCUCCACCAGGGGACAACAGUGGCCCUCUCUGUGCUCAGCUGACCCAGGAAGACCUGGAGAUACCAAAACUUGACCCAAGUGAAGUCCAGAGGAACUUGAGGGAGAGCUCCGACGAGAGCCUGAUGGAACAUUCGCAGAAACAGUUCUGCUUUCCGGAAACAUCAACCUCACAUGGCCCGUUGAAGAUGGCUUCUGAGGUUUCAGGAUCUCAGGGUUCUGGUCGGCAUGUUGACACCCCUAUAACCAUCCUACCUAAGCAGCAGAAUGUCCCUAAGAGGCCGAGUAGCUUAAGUCUCCAUGCUAAGCCUUCUGGGAAAACACCUACCUUGUCGUCUUCAUCACUGCGGAUGAAGUUUGGGAAACUCGGAAAGUCGAAUCUGAAAAAAGUCGAGAUGGGUGUGGCUAAAGCCAGUGCAGUGAGCACGGCACAUGAGGCCAGGCCGAUUACAGUUGCCAACAACGAUGCUGCGGCAGCAGUGAGUAAAUAUGCGACCGGAGCAGCACCUGAGUCAGCAGGAAGUGCCGCUGAUGUCCGUUGGAAGGGCGCCAUGAGUUCAGAGGACCUGACCUUCGGCCUCUUGAACACUAGCCCUGAUGAGCAGGAGCCUCUUCUGAGAAGAGAGGCGCAUCCAGACAAUGCAAACAGCAACAACAGCAAUAACAACAAUGGCGAGGGAGACGGCGAGGGAGACACUGAGGGUGGAGGAGAGGGGGGAGAGAACAGUGAGAGUGUUGGUCCAACAGGGGACGCUCCGUCGGCUUCUACCGUGGAGCCUGUUGCACUGCCCGGCCCAUGUCCUGCCCCAACCUUGGUUCCUCCACAGGCCCAAACCCAAGCUCAGACACAUGGAGAGGCCCUGCUCAGACAGAACCGUGUGCGCAGACCUGAGAGACCCAACUCACUGGAUUUGUCCAUCACCACACUGCCAUUACUAGGAGGCAAGUCAGCCGGCAACGUGACAGAGGGAUCAGGAGAUAAAAUCAAGAAGCGAGUGAAGACGCCUUACGCUCUGAAGAAGUGGCGUCCUGCCAGCUGGGUUAUCACCACGGAUACACUGGAUGCUGAAGUCAACAACAACAGACUUCAUGGAGGGCCCGGUCAGAACCAGAAUCAGGCCGGUACCAGCAGACCUAAAUCAGCCUCUGCCGUGUAUCUAGGUAGUCGGGGAGGAUCUCGCUUCUCAGAUCCCAAUGACUGUGACUUUUGAAUUUUGACCUCACUUUGAUCUUGAAAAAAAUGUAAAAUCAAACACUAUAGCUCUAAAAAGUCUGAAGGCUGUGGAGACAAGUGUGGAUUGAACCAUAUACAUGUCUUAAAUUUAACCCCAAUUGUAAGCACAGUAAGUGUCUUAGUGGAUUUACAUUGAAAAGAGCUAUGCAUUCAUCUUUAAUGUUUGUAUUUUUAUU